ACAUAUUCACAUCUCUACGGCCUUCUCGGAACUAGACAUAUCCGUAGCGUUGAGCAAAAUGCGCCAACUCUGGUCGAAAAGUCCGAUUCCGAAUGCUAUUUUCGCAGCAAGGAGGUUGCAAUUGAGGUCUUUGUUCUCAACGUAUCCUGCUCGAGCCGUUAAGCAAUUACCCCCCCGUCCAAAGCUGGAUGACAAGGAUAUCACCGGCUCGUACCUCAAAGGGACCGGACCAGGGGGCCAGAAAAUUAACAAAACAAAUUCCGCCGUCCAGCUUAUUCACAAACCAACCGGCAUCGUAGUAAAAUCCCAAGCAACCCGUUCCCGAUCCCAGAACCAAAAGAUUGCGCGUGAAAUUCUUGCUGCAAAAGUCGAAGAACUAGAAAAGGGCGAACAGAGUCGGGAAGCGAUCAAGAAUGCUUUGAAGAGGAAACGAAAAGCGAGUUCAAUGAAAAAGAAAAGGAGGAAGUAUCGUGCUUUGGAAGAGGCGAAGCAGGGACAACAAUUACAAGAUGGUGCUGAGGAAUAUGAAGAAUGUGCGAGUGACUACGAGGAAUCGACGACACCAGCCACGGCCACGCGGUAA